GGCGCCGAGAGUCCGGCCCGGGCCCAACUCCCUCACGGGUCCCCCGGCGGCGGCGGCGGCGGCGGAGCCCACCGCUCGGGCUCCGAUGAGUAACUCCAGGAAUAACCGGGUGAUGGUGGAAGGGGUCGGGGCCCGAGUGGUGCGCGGCCCGGACUGGAAGUGGGGGAAGCAGGACGGCGGCGAGGGCCAUGUGGGCACGGUCCGGAGCUUCGAGAGCCCCGAGGAGGUGGUGGUGGUGUGGGACAACGGCACCGCCGCCAACUACCGCUGCUCCGGGGCCUACGACCUGCGUAUCCUGGACAGCGCGCCCACGGGCAUCAAGCAUGAUGGAACCAUGUGUGAUACCUGCCGCCAGCAACCAAUCAUUGGCAUUCGAUGGAAAUGUGCGGAGUGUACUAAUUAUGAUUUGUGCACAGUUUGUUAUCAUGGAGAUAAACAUCAUUUAAGGCAUCGCUUUUAUAGAAUUACUACACCAGGAAGUGAGCGGGUUCUGUUAGAGUCCCGUAGAAAAUCUAAGAAGAUUACAGCCAGAGGGAUCUUUGCAGGUGCCAGAGUGGUACGAGGAGUGGACUGGCAGUGGGAAGAUCAGGAUGGAGGAAAUGGACGUAGGGGAAAGGUAACAGAAAUCCAAGACUGGAGUGCAUCAAGCCCACAUAGCGCCGCCUACGUUCUCUGGGACAAUGGUGCUAAGAACCUUUACAGAGUUGGCUUUGAGGGCAUGUCUGACCUGAAGUGUGUCCAGGAUGCCAAAGGAGGUUCUUUCUACAGAGAUCAUUGUCCUGUGCUAGGUGAGCAGAAUGGCAACAGGAAUCCUGGUGGAUUGCAGAUUGGUGACCUGGUCAAUAUAGAUCUUGACCUAGAAAUUGUACAGUCUUUGCAGCACGGUCAUGGAGGAUGGACUGAUGGCAUGUUUGAGACUUUAACUACAACUGGAACUGUUUGUGGCAUUGAUGAAGAUCAUGACAUUGUAGUACAGUAUCCAAGUGGCAAUAGGUGGACCUUCAAUCCUGCUGUUCUCACUAAAGCGAACAUUGUCCGAAGUGGGGAUGCUGCUCAGGGCGCAGAAGGAGGCCCCUCACAGUUCCAAGUGGGUGAUCUUGUACAAGUGUGUUAUGACCUGGAAAGAAUUAAACUUCUACAGAGAGGACAUGGAGAAUGGGCUGAAGCUAUGCUCCCAACUUUAGGUAAAGUUGGCCGAGUACAACAAAUUUAUUCAGACAGUGAUUUAAAGGUGGAAGUCUGUGGAACAUCUUGGACGUAUAAUCCAGCAGCAGUUUCCAAGGUGGCAUCUGCAGGAUCAGCCAUUAGCAAUGCAUCUGGUGAAAGACUCUCCCAACUCUUGAAGAAAUUAUUUGAAACCCAAGAAUCUGGUGACCUCAAUGAAGAAUUAGUUAAGGCUGCUGCCAAUGGAGAUGUUGCUAAAGUGGAAGAUUUGCUAAAAAGACCAGAUGUGGAUGUGAAUGGACAGUGUGCUGGUCACACAGCCAUGCAAGCUGCUAGUCAGAAUGGACAUGUUGACAUUUUGAAGUUACUUUUGAAGCAAAAUGUGGAUGUAGAAGCAGAGGAUAAAGAUGGAGAUAGAGCCGUUCACCAUGCAGCUUUUGGAGAUGAAGGUGCUGUUAUAGAAGUGCUGCACCGAGGCAGUGCUGAUCUGAAUGCACGAAACAAGCGCCGGCAGACACCACUUCAUAUUGCUGUCAAUAAAGGUCACCUUCAAGUGGUGAAGACUUUAUUGGACUUUGGCUGUCAUCCCAGUCUUCAGGAUUCUGAAGGUGAUACCCCUCUUCAUGAUGCAAUAAGUAAGAAACGUGAUGAUAUCCUGGCAGUUCUUCUGGAAGCUGGAGCAGAUGUUACCAUUACAAAUAAUAAUGGAUUUAAUGCUCUACACCAUGCUGCACUAAGAGGAAAUCCCAGUGCAAUGCGUGUUUUACUGUCGAAAUUACCAAGACCGUGGAUUGUGGAUGAGAAGAAAGAUGAUGGUUAUACUGCCUUGCAUCUGGCUGCCCUUAAUAAUCAUGUAGAAGUGGCUGAACUGUUGGUACAUCAGGGUAACGCAAACCUGGAUAUCCAGAAUGUGAACCAGCAGACUGCCCUACACCUUGCUGUGGAGCGGCAGCACACCCAGAUUGUGAGGCUUUUGGUCCGUGCAGGUGCCAAAUUAGAUAUUCAGGAUAAGGAUGGGGAUACUCCUUUGCAUGAAGCUCUGAGGCAUCACACUUUGUCUCAGCUACGUCAACUUCAAGAUAUGCAAGAUGUGGGGAAGGUCGAUGCUGCCUGGGAGCCAUCCAAAAACACCUUAAUAAUGGGACUUGGUACCCAGGGAGCCGAGAAGAAGAGUGCAGCAUCUAUUGCCUGUUUCUUGGCUGCUAAUGGUGCUGACCUUAGCAUUCGAAAUAAGAAGGGUCAGUCGCCACUUGAUCUUUGUCCUGAUCCCAGUCUCUGCAAGGCACUGGCAAAGUGUCACAAAGAAAAAGUCAGUGGUCAGGUGGGUUCUCGAAGUCCUUCUAUGAUUAGUAAUGAUUCUGAAACCUUAGAAGAGUGUAUGGUGUGCUCAGAUAUGAAGAGAGAUACUCUUUUUGGCCCAUGUGGACAUAUUGCUACCUGUUCUUUGUGUUCUCCACGAGUCAAGAAAUGCCUCAUCUGUAAAGAACAAGUUCAAUCCAGGACAAAGAUUGAAGAAUGUGUGGUAUGCUCUGACAAGAAAGCAGCUGUUCUUUUUCAGCCGUGCGGACACAUGUGUGCUUGUGAGAACUGUGCUAAUCUGAUGAAAAAGUGUGUGCAGUGUCGGGCAGUAGUUGAACGAAGAGUGCCCUUCAUCAUGUGUUGUGGAGGGAAAAGUUCAGAGGAUGCCACUGAUGAUAUCUCAAGUGGGAAUAUUCCGGUGUUACAAAAGGAUAAGGAUAACACCAACGUCAAUGCAGAUGUGCAGAAGCUGCAGCAGCAGUUACAGGACAUUAAAGAGCAGACAAUGUGCCCUGUGUGUUUGGAUCGUCUGAAGAAUAUGAUUUUCCUUUGUGGCCAUGGAACGUGCCAGCUCUGUGGAGACCGAAUGAGUGAAUGUCCUAUUUGUCGAAAGGCUAUUGAACGAAGGAUUCUUUUGUAUUAACUUAAAAACUCAGUGUGUUUUGUUAGCUAAAGUAUUUGGUCAUGAGAUCUUAGUGAGCUAGUUGGAGGUUCUAAUGAGCUAAUUUUUAAUAUCAUAGUUUCUUUACUAGAGUGUAAUUAGACUGUAAAUGUACCAGAACAACAACAACAAAAACUCUACAAAACAGUGUUUGAAGCUGUGCUUUUUGGUUUUUUUGUUUUUUUCCUUUCAAUUUGAAACAUCAAAUCCAUGUAAUUCAUAGAUGAUUUACCUUUGACUUCUAAGGGGGAAAAUCCUUUAAGGAUCUCCUGUUAUUUUUGUUUUUAUUUGCAUUUUCUCUUAUAGUUUGUAAAUUUGUUAGACCUCAGAAGAUAUACUUCCUUAUGAUCAGCUAUCUUUCAGUUUAUCAUGAUUUUACACAGUGAGCUGAUACAGGUACUCAGAAAAGUCAUGCAUCAAAUGAAAGGGGGAAGUCAAACCAUUAUGUCAUGUAUGUUAAAUGAUAAAAUUAUAGUACAAGUUCUGCAUGGUUAAGGGAAUACUGAAGAGAGGAUUCUCUUUUUAAGAUAACAUAAAGUUAUCAAGUGAUUGUUUCUAAAUUCUUAGAGUAAAUGGAAAUAUAGAAUGAGAAUAUUAAGUUUGCAUUUAACUUAUUUUCUGGAUUCAAAGGAAAAUUGUUUAACUUGAAUCAAAUUGCCAGUUUCAAAAUGACUGAUAGACAUGAAAAGGAAAAAUAAUCAAUCAUAGUGGGGAACUGAAGGGGGUGGGGGGAGUCAUCCAAUAAAAGAGCACCUAUUAACUGACUGUUAACGGUUGCCUUUCUUAUAUUAAUUUGUACACUGUUUUGUUCAGCCAGCUUUUAAAAAACUGUCUGUGGAAAGUGUGCCUCAGUUUCCCCAGUGGUUACUUAUCCAGGCUUUAUCUGACCAGUGAAAUGAUAUUGCCCUGUUUGGGUCUCUGAGGUUCCGUUUAGCUUCUCUAACGUGCUGAGUAGCAGUGAUCCGAGAAGGGUAAUGCACUGUCCAAAGGCACCGGUCCUUUCUCCUCCGUGUCUGUUAAUUCUGCAGUGUUACUGAUUCUACCUUCAUCAUAGGCCUCGCUUCCACUCUCUCUCAGACAGUAGAGCUUACUAUAAAGAACAGGGUCUCUCUUCAUACUUAACAAUGGGGAUGUUAUUUCAACUGCCAGCAAUAUCCAAGACCUAGUAAAUAACCAGUUGAUAGAUACUUACUUUAGAAAGAAUGACUAGGACAUUUACAGAAAUGUCUGAUUACCUGUGGUUUUGUUUUGUUUACUCUAGAACAUCUAAUUAUUUUUUCUCCUUGGAAUGAGUAAUCUUUCAGCGUCUAAAAUGAAUAUACACAUAAAUAAGUGUUUUGGGGUUCAUUACUGCUAGAUCAUAAAUAAAUAUAUAUUUAUAAUUAUAUAAAUAAUCAGAUGUUUACAAUAGUAUCUACUAUAUACUGUGUUUAAGUUAACUCCUAAGGAUAGUUAUCUUUUUUGUAAGUUUUUUCCCCUUUAAAUCUGGUUCUUAUUUCAGUUUUUCUGCUGCAACAGCUAAAUUUGAAAGUACAAAGUCUCUAGCCCUCACAGCAUUAUAUUUCUGGCUAAUUAAUGGCUGCCGCCUCUGCAAGUCCUGGUGAGAACAAUGGUGCGCUUUGCUGCCUGGCUUUAUAGUCUUGGUAAUUCCGUAUCUGUGUUUAAGCUGAGUGGCUUAUUUAGAACAGUAAAAUUUUUAUAAAUUUUAAAUUUGAAAAUUUAUAUUGACUCAGUUAUCUAAUAACGAGCCACUGAGGCUGUUGAUUAAGCCAUACUUUGAAGUUGUAAAAAGAUAAAAAUCUGUCUGAUGAUGUUCACAUAAAGAGACAGACUGUUUUCUUUCAGAUCUGAAAACAAUGUAAGUCAGGGUUUUCCUUCUCUACCAUGCCAGAGGCUGCCCAUCUCUUUUUCACUAGAUCAACUUGUAAGGAGGGAACAUCUAGCUGACUCAUGCAUAGCUUGGC